GGACGCCGCGCGCGGGAGCCCCGCCGCCCGCCGCCUAUCGCCAUGCGGUUCCGCUUCGGGGUGGUGGUGCCGCCCGCCGUGGCUGGCGCCGGGCCGGAACUGCUGAUCGUGGGGUCCCGGGCCGAGUUGGGAUGCUGGGAGCCCCGCGGCGCGGUGCGCAUGAGGCCGGCGGGCACGGCGGCGGGCGCGGGGGCGCUGGCGCUGCCGGAGCCGGGCCUGUGGCUCGGGGAGGUGGAGCUGCGGCCCGCGCCCGAGGAGGGGGCGCCGGACGGGGCGGAGCCGGGCCGCGUGGACACCUUCUGGUACAAGUUCUUGAAGCGCGAGCCGGGAGGAGAGCUCGCCUGGGAAGGCAAUGGGCCUCAUCAUGACCGGUGCUGUGUUUACAAUGAAAACAACGUGGUGGAUGGUGUUUAUUGUCUCCCAAUAGGACACUGGAUUGAAGCCACUGGGCACACCAAUGAGAUGAAACACACUACAGACUUCUAUUUUAAUAUCGCAGGCCACCACGCCAUGCACUAUUCAAGAAUUGUGCCAAAUAUCUGGCUGGGUAGCUGUCCUCGCCAAGUGGAACAUGUCACCAUCAAGCUGAAGCAUGAACUAGGGAUUACAGCUGUCAUGAAUUUCCAGACAGAAUGGGAUAUUGUGCAGAAUUCCUCGGGCUGUAACCGCUACCCAGAACCCAUGAGUCCAGACACCAUGAUGAAACUGUAUAAGGAAGAAGGCUUGGCCUACAUCUGGAUGCCCACGGCAGACAUGAGCACUGAAGGCCGAGUGCAGAUGCUGCCCCAGGCUGUGUGUCUCCUGCAUGCUCUCCUGGAGAAUGGACACAACGUGUAUGUCCACUGCAAUGCCGGGGUGGGCCGCUCCACCGCGGCCGUCUGCGGCUGGCUCCACUACGUGCUGGGCUGGAAGCUGAGGAAGAUCCAAUACUUCCUCAUGGCCAAGAGGCCCGCGGUGUUCAUCGAUGAAGAUGCCUUGGCCAGGGCAAAAGAAGACUUUUUCCAGAAAUUUGGGAAGAUGUCUUCUUCCUUGUACAGUCGGUAGCCGGCCAAGCUGCCUCUCCUUCCUCCCACUUGCGUUUGUUUGAACAGGUGUGAGAUGAUAUUCAUUAAAUGAUCUAGAGACAAAGACCCCCACCGGAAGUAUGAAGCUUGGUGCGUUCUCUUCCUCCAGGCUGCGUUCCUUCCUAUGAGGGUGACUUCCUGGGAUGCUUUUACUGGACUGUGUUCCUGAGAUGUUGUGCAAAGGCUACUGCGAUGGGCUCAUGAGAGAAAGGCCGUUGGGCUGUGCAUUGUUCUAGCAGCAGACAAGGAACGCUUGCUUUGCCUUGCUGGUACUGCAUGUGAGAAAUUCCUGACAGCACUUUCUUAUGGCUUUGGCAUGUUGUGCUGAAGACUGGUUAUGUGGAGUUCAUGACUAUAACAUAUCAAUACAUGUAUACACACAUACAGAACCACACACAUACAUACACACUCAGCAUUUCUUAUGAACUAAAAUGAUGAUCAUGGACAAGAGGAAGAAAUAAAACUAGAAGCCUGAAUUAAAGAGAUCAGUAAGGUCAAAAGCAAUGGCUUCCCAUUCAUUAUAUCUUCUACAUACUGCUUCCUGCUUGUUAAAGUCUACUUUAAAACAUUGCCUUUGUUAUCUACCCAGACACCCCAUGGGACAGCAAAUGUUAGCUCAGUGUUUGUUUUGAGGUUUAAUGAGUGUAGAGAACUUGCCCAGGGUCUGGUGGCUAGAAGGGGCUGAGCUGACGUUUGUAAUCCUUAUUUAUCUGACAUUGUGUUGUUUUCAAUACAAUUUGUUCUUUUUAGCAUAGUGCAGUUGAUUCACUUUAUUCCAUCCCUGGAUAAGGUUGAUACCCCUGUAGCAGUUUCUACAGUGAGAAAUGGAGAGUGUUCAGAUCAGUUGUAAGAGAACUUAGAUGGGGAAGUUCUACUUGAGCAACCUUAAAACAUAGUGGAUGGCCUGCAGGCCUGAGACGUCGUAGUUCCUGAGAAGAACUGUAUUAGCCAAACAACCCCAAGAGCCAGAUGCCACAGAUUUGACUCUGAAGCUUGAGUCUGAUCCUGGUUCAACCCUCAGUAUAAGCAACACGCACCUGCUGUUUCUCUAGCAUGCACGGUUACACACCACUGGGUUCUACAUAUGCAAAGAUGAGCAAUAUGUUGCCUUCUGAGGUACAAGACCUGGAAACAGACCUGCAUGGAGCCCACUGUGCCUGACAUGGUAGAACACAGGAAGAGGACAAGUCCUCGAAUAGCAUCUCUAUAUGUUAGGUGCGUGGCUACUUUAUCUAAUUCUGCUUUCAUCGGCCCCUGUGGGGAAGCUUGUAUUAUCUCUAAUAUGUCCACAGGAAGCUAAGUUUCAGAGAGGUGAAAUCUACUGCCCAUUGUCAUAUGAUGUGCAGUACAGAGCUAUGCUUGUCUGACUCAGACCCCUACUUUAAAAGUUAAACUAUAAUACCUAUGUAUUUUUCUGUUCCUCCUUUGUUCCACUGAAACGUAUUGAUAGACAGGGAAGACAGUGAUUUAGAGGGUCCAGGGUAAGGAUAGAAAAUAAGUUUCGGUAUCAUUCAGAGGCAAGAUGGCUCUCAAGAGAGGUGAUAUUUGCUUUUUUAGAGGAGAUAGACAGUCAACAUUUCUCCUACAAUUGUACACUUUUACAAAGUUAAAUGGACAAACCAGCAUUGAAUAAUGUGAAAUUUGUUCUCUUGCUAAAAGUAGCUAGAAGUAGCUAUUGUAGUCAAGAACCCAUUAGCAAACACAUUUAAUGCUAAAAAUGGAAUACUCUUAAUAAACCUAAGUGUGUCUAUACAUGCAUGAGUGUGUGUAAAUUUCCUUAAUGUCCAGUGUAUAACUUCUGCAUAAUAUCCAUAAUAGAAUUGGAUUUUGAGGUAUAGUUCCAACGUUUUCACUUUUUCUCUGCUAAACACAAUCAGUUUAGGAUUAUUUAGAGUGUUCUGGAAUAACAUGUAGUCUUCAAUGAAUGGGAUGUCUACCCUAUCUCAAAUCACCUAACAUUUUUGCUAAAUAAAUGCCUUUAGAGAAGAAGAUCUUUA